GGAUCAAAAACAUUGAGAAAUGGCGAAUGGGUGCGAGAUUUGCUGUGAAAUAAUGAUCGCCAUACUCAUCCCUCCUCUUGGGGUAUGUCUGAGGCAUGGCUGUUGCACUACGGAGUUCAUGAUAUGUCUGAUCCUAACGCUUCUGGGAUACGUACCGGGCAUCAUCUACGCACUCUAUGCAAUUGUGUACGUGGAUCGUGAUCAAUUCUUUGAUGAGUACCGUCGUCCACUUUUUUACGCCCAGUCACCUUAAUUUAUGCGUUUGCUCUUGUCUUUUUAUAUAAUGUUUUUGCUUCUUUUGUUGAUUUCGUCUUAUUCCAUUAAUUGAUUUAAGAUUCAUCAAUAUGUUUGAGGUUUUUCUUCUUCUUUCUUUAUUAAAACUCUCGUUUGUCUUGGUCACGCAUUUCUUCUUUAACAAUA